AUGGGUGGUCGGUACUCGAAAGGCCCGAUCCGGAAGGACGCCCGGCCGCUGCUGCCCGCCGCGUGGAACGAGCUUGUGGCGCUCGAGCGAUGGCUAUCGGUCAACAACGUGCUCUUCGUGACGGACUUGGCGACGCUUCAGGCGUGGAUGCCAGCGAAAGACGUUAGCGCGGCCAAGCGGGUGUUUACCUAUCCAUUCUGCGCCCUGGACCUUCUCGGUGCGUUCGCCCUAUUGCAGCACGGCGCGCCGACAACCCGCAAGCUCGAAUUUGUCGGUCAUUUGCUCAAGAAUGGACCCGACUGCAACAAGCCCGAGCUUCUGAUUGCCAUGGGGUACGUGGUUCGUGGCGUCGCGCGCUUGAAAGGGCUGCCCACCGUGCCAGACGCAACCUUGCAGUUUGUCGCUCGGCAGGUCUUUGGGGGCGAGACGCAGCUGCCAUGGUCUGUUGUUGUCGCCAAGCUCAUCGUGCUGCCCGACAUCAUCUACUUUCUCAGCGACCUCGAUAUGGUGUCGGUUGACAGCCUCGAGACGCUCAUUGGCGAGCAAGCCCACCUCAUGCAAGAGCUCGCCAAAGUCGAACAUGACCUUGCGGUUCUCGGAACCACAACACUACCUGUCCAGCAAAUGCCAACGCAUCGCCACGGGUGGCUCUUCCACGUGGGCUUAGACCUGUAUGCGGCGACUGCCACCGUGGGGCGUCGCACCUCCCAGACGCCGAUGCAGAUCAACAUCGACGAGUGCGCGCGCAUGAUCUUCAAGCACUUCAACGCCGAGCCGCGGCCUGUUGUCGGCAGCGGUGCCAAGAAGCACGUGGUCGCGCUCGAAGCCAAGCGCAGCUUCCGACACCCUGCAGACUUUGUCGCGUUCCUGGCGACCAUUUCGGAUGGCACCGUGCAGCUGCCGCUCGCGGAGGCGUCGCCGAUCCUGCAGACAAUGCCGCGUGACCAGCUCGAGCGCAUCUACUGCUCUGACAUGAUUCGCUGGUUCAAGCACUGGGCGCUCGCCCAGAACCACCGCGGCCACAUGGCGUUCGACCAGACGCCGCUCUGGAAGCACGCGGCCAAGAUCAUCAAGCGCCAUGUGCAAAGCUACAUGCUUCGCUGGGACGCCCUCCGAGGAAGCGUGCCUUGCGGUCCGAGGCCGAGCUCUCGGCUGCUCAUGGACGAAGCCCAGUACAGUGUGCUCGUCAAGAUCGACCCGCCGCUCAAGUCGACCAUGGUCAAACCGGUCGCUGGCAUUGGUGGUCGACUAGACCUCGUGUUCCACGACGAGGCAGAAGGCGCGGACGGCCCGCCGCUCGUGCAUCUUCUUGAAGCCGGGUACCCGACGGUCCUGUCGCUCGAGCUCUUUGUGUUUCGAGAUGUGAAUGAGGCAACCGCGACACGGCUCGCGUUCUUAGUGAGUGAAUUUCUGAACGACUACAACGUACUCGAAGGCCUCUCGGGGCUGUACGACAAGGCUGUGGUCACUGUGAUGAACGGCCUCCGCGAGCACAGCGUGGCCGACGCCUACACAAUCGGGAUCGCCUCCGACAAGUUGUACCUGCAAAUUAACUUGUUGUCCCAGCGCAAUAUUGUUGCGGAAAUCGAAGAGAUGUGCCAAGCGCCACUGCGCGACGUCGUCGACAAGCUCCAUUGCGAAGUCCAGCUCGGCAACGCAUGGAGUGAGAUCGUGCAGCACGCCAAGGACAUGCGAGCGCUCUUCGAAGCCGCUUGCAGCGACCCCACGUCCAGCGCAAGCGCAUCCCUCCUGCGUCUCCUCUUUGACCAGUUUGAUCGCAAUGGCUCAGGCGCCUUGGAGCUCGACGAGCUCAAUGCGCUGCAGCAAUCGCGGGGUCUCGGCGUCGUCUACAGCGAUGAAGAGUUCCGCGCGCUUCUCGCCGCCAACGGCGAACUCAAUGACUCGUCGCCUAACGGGCUCUCGUGGCAGGCCUUCUUAGCCCACUUUACAACCAACGGCGGGGUCUUCGACAGCGUCCAGCAGCUCGGGGGUCUCAACACCCUCUUGCACGGAUCUAUCUCGUGGGUCCUCGCCAUCAACCGGCACUGGCUGCUGCACCUCGAAGCCAACGCCGCCACGUCCGUAUGGCGCAACCGCUUUCUCAAGUGGAGUCUGCUACUGACGCAGUACCUCACCGACGUGACGGUCGAGCUCUCCUUUCCAAAUGCACUGAGCUGUGCGCGGUACCUCUGGCCGUCCGUCAAGACGUGGCCCGUCCUCGAGGCGCCGUAUUGGCUCGCCAACCAGCUCUACGAUUUAAGCACGCUCUUCUGGCACGCGCAUACGGAGCCGCAUACAGCCGACGAGGCAGGUUGCUUGAACCUUCUGUGCGCAGCUCGGAGCUCGCUCUCCAAGCUCGGCCACAUGCGGUCGUCCAAGCAGCAAGCGGUGGCGUCCGAGACGUUCGAGAUGGAGAGCAUCCGCAAGUUCUUGGAGGCGUAUCCUGCGCUUGAAGCCGCCGUCUGUGGCAUCCAGCAGCUCUCGGUCGUGACGCGACCCGCGUCGUUCAAGGUCGAGUUGGACCACUGCGUUGUGGCCAAAGCCAAACCAUAGCAUUCCUCUUCAUGAUUGGCUGAAACGACAACGGGUUCGCGUUUG